AUGAUUCGGCCGACCAGGGGCCGGGGAGUUCUUCUGAUAGGCUUGCUGCUUAUUUGCCCGGGCAUCUCCUUCAUGCUGCCUUCACGGACUUGUACAUCCUUGGGUCGGCGAGCCCUCUUGCUUGGACCCCUGCUCCUCUUUCCACAAGCAGCUUUCGCUGCUCGAGAUGGCUUCACGGAGACGAGCUCGGGUCUGCAGUACAAGGUGCUCCAGGAAGGCUCUGGCGAGAACCCGAGGACAGGCCAGAUGAUUGCAGCAGACUACACGGGCUGGUUGGAAGAUUUCGAGUCCGAGAAGAAGUUUGAUUCUUCCCGGGACAGACGGCAGCCUUUGAAAUUUCAGGUGGGCAUUGGCAAAGUCAUCAAGGGCUGGGACGAGACUCUGCUGGAUAUGAAAGUUGGCGAACGCCGGCAAAUCAUUGUGCCACCUGGGCUCGGGUAUGGAAACCGAGCCAUCGGCCCUAUCCCAGCCGGCUCCACGCUCUACUUCGACGUGGAAUUGAAGUCUAUCGGGAGAUGA